UUAACUCAAUUCUAAUCUGUCCUCUGCCUAUCCGAUCUCCAAUUCCUGUUCUUCCUCCUGCUCUUCCCUUCCCUUCCCCACGCUACCGCUAAUAGAUUGGUAUCAGAGACGCCGAUCUGGAACCUCAUUCUAUCGAUCACGAGCAAUUCACACGUUCCCGCAAGCAGUUGGGAGCGAUGGAUCCGAAUCUCAAGUUGAUUUUCGAUGAGUUGAAGACCGUGUCGGCCAGCAUGGGCGACCUCAAGACCUCGCUGGAGCACCGCAUCGACGGGGUGGAGAAAGCUUUGGGCGACCGCUUCUCGUCGCUCGAGCAGACGGCCAGCCUGUUCGACGCCUGGAAACCCAAGGUGGAGGCGUCCGUGGAGGACCUUCGUGUGGAGGUUGGUGCGCUCCGCAAGAUUGUCAAUCGAGUGGUUCUCGAUUCCGCUUCGCCAUCUCUGGGCCUCUUCCCCAAGCCUGGGUCGACCGCGGCGAUCUCGGCUGCCGGUAACCCGGUCGACGGCCCCGCUGGGCACCGCGUGGAUUCUUCUCACCGGGGGCAUGUGUAUGGGUCGGUCUACACCCACACGCAUCUCCCGGUCACGGGUAUGCCGGCUCCGCCUAAUCCCAAAUUACAUCGAUCUGUUUCGCAUCCGCACUUGGAGAUUGGGGGUUCUGGUGGUAGUCAUGUAUUUGAUUUGGGUCCGGAUCUAGUUCCAGUAAGCUGCCUAAGAUGGAUUUUCCAGUCUUCGAUGGUGAUAAUCCGAAGUUGUGGAUUAACCGUAAUGAGAUGUAUUUUGAGCUGUUUCCUGUCGAUCCUUCCAAAUGGGUCAAGGUUGCUUCUAUGAAUUUCUCUUCUGCGACUGCCCGCUGGUUGCAGUCUGUAGAAGGGAAAGUCAAAAUGGUGUCGUGGUCAGAGCUCUGCACGAUGAUUUUGGAGCGUUUUGGUAAAGAUCAGCAUGCCUUGUUGAUCCGUCAGUUGUUCCAUAUUAGGCAGACAGGCACAGUUUCUGAGUACGUUGAUCAAUUCUUUGCAAUAGUGGAUAGCUUAGCGGCUUAUGAAACGGGUGCUAAUUCCCUUUAUUUCACUACUUGCUUUGUUGAUGGUCUUCGGGAUGAUAUUAAGUCGGCUAUUAUUGUUCAGCGUCCAUCGGACCUCGAUACUGCUUGUGUCUUGGCUAAAUUGCUGGAGGAGGUCGCCGACCAGAUCAAGGUGAAGGAUAUCAAGAGGCCAGAGUUCCUAUCUUCUUCCAGAUCAUUUCAUCAUGGGGCGGUGCCACUUCCUCUGCCACCGCGUGCUGAUUGCCCAGGGCCAUCGGCGUCUGCUCAAGAUCGCCGAGGCAUGGAUGCCGCUCGCUACAAGCCUGUUGAUGAAAAGCUGGCAGCCUUGAGAGCUUAUCGACGUGCUAAAGGCCUGUGUGAGAAGUGUGCAGAGCGUUGGAGUCGAGAUCACAAGUGUGCUGAAUCAGUCCAGCUACACGCCUUGCAGGAGGUUUGGGAGUUGUUGCAACUCGAAGAUUCUGGCAGUUUGGCUGAUCAGGAGGGACAGGUUGAAGGUACUCCAUCAGGUGAAUUGUUUGCUCUAUCUCUAGCGGCUGUGCAUGGUGGUAAGGCUCCCAAAACUCUGAAGCUUUCUGGGGUGAUUCAAGGUAAAGAAGUGACCAUGUUGGUGGAUUCGGGCAGCUCUCAUACCUUUGUGAGUGAGCAAUUUAGUCAGUCACUAUCUGGCAGUUCUAUGCUCCAGCAUCCUGUACAAGUUGCAGUGGCUGAUGGUACUUUUAUUCAGUGUGUAUCUCAGUUCAGUGACCUGCAGUGGUCUUCUCAAGGGUGUAAUUUCACUUCUGCGGCAAGAGUUUUGCCUUUAGCUCAUUAUGAUGUGAUUUUGGGAAUGGAUUGGCUUGAAUCUUUCAGUCCUAUGCAGAUCCAUUGGAAACAAAAGUGGCUCUUAAUUCCUUAUGAAGGAUCUUAUUCCUUAUUACAGGGUAAUGCACUGGACGUGCCAAUGGGGUCUGUAGUUCAGGUGUGUGCUCUGCUGGUUACUGAUUCGAAGGCAGUUGAGUUGGACGUGCCACCAGAAUUGCGGCUCUUGUUGGAGGAGUUUGCCAUGGUGUUUGAGGCUCCAUCAGGAUUGCUACCAUCUAGAAGUUGUGACCACACUAUUCCCUUGAUUGAAGGAGCUACUCCAGUUAAUGUGAGACCAUAUCGGUACCCUCCUACAGUGAAAGAUGAGAUUGAGCGGCAGGUAACUGAGAUGCUUAAGGCUGGGAUUAUUCAGCAUAGUAUCAGCCCCUUUUCUUCUUCCGUGCUGUUGGUUAAGAAGAAGGAUGCUACAUGGCGCUUUUGCGUGGAUUUUAGGCAUCUGAAUGCUAUCACUGUGAAGUGCAAGUAUCCAGUGCCGGUGAUCGAUGAAUUUUUGGAUGAACUAGCACAUGCUAGUUGGUUUACUAGCUUGGACCUCACGGCUAGUUAUCAUCAGGUGAAGUUGAAGCCUGGAGAGGAAUACAAAACUGCCUUCCAAACUCAUUCUGGUCAUUAUGAGUUUCGUGUUAUGGCAUUUGGUCUGUCUGGGGGUCCGGCUACUUUUCAAAAGGCAAUGAACACUACUCUACAGCCCUUGUUGCGGAAGUGUGUCUUGGUGUUCUUUGAUGACAUUCUGAUUUAUAGUCGCACCUAUGAGGAGCACUUGGUACAUAUCAGGUUGGUCUUGGAGUUAUUAGUGAAAGACUAAUGGAAAGUUAAGCUUUCCAAGUGUGCCUUUGCUCAGCGGCAGAUUGCUUAUCUAGGACACAUUAUCAGUGAGAAGGGGGUUGCCACUGAUCCUAGCAAAAUUUCUGCUAUCAUGGAUUGGGCUGCACCAUCUAAUGUCAAGGAGCUCAGGAACUUUUUAGGCCUUGCUGGUUACUACAGGAAAUUUGUGAGGCACUUUGGUAUCAUUAGUAAGCCUUUGAAGGAGCUAUUGAAAAAGGGAGCCAUUUUCUCUUGGACCAAGGAUCAUGAGCUGGCAUUCCAGACCUUGAAGAAAUUUCUGAGCAAUGCUCCUGUGCUGGCAUUACCUGAUUUCAGCAAACCCUUUUGUAUUGAAACGGAUGCAAGUGGAGUGGGUAUUGGUGCAGUGCUCAUGCAGGGUGGUCACCCCUUAGCUUACUUGAGUAAAGCAUUAAGUCCUCGAUCCCAAGGGCUUUCAACUUAUGAAAAAGAGUACCUUGCUAUUUUGGUGGCUGUGGAGCAGUGGUGAUCGUACUUGCAGUUGGGAGAGUUUCACAUCUACACUGACCAUAGAAGUUUGUCUCAGCUAACUGAACAAAGGCUGCACACAUCCUGGCAGCAGAAAGUGUCCACUAAGCUUUUGGGUUUGAACUAUAAGAUCAUCUACAUGAAGGGGGUGGAUAACCGUGUGGCAGAUGCUCUUUCUAGGAAAGUGGAGCCUGGGGACCAAUGUGCUGCUGUGUCUGUCUGUACCCCCCAGUGGUUAGAAGAAGUGGUGCGCUCUUAUGACAAUGAUGAGAAGGCCAAGACUAUGAUGACAAAACUUAGCAUUGAUUCCACUGCUCUGCCUGGGUUUACUUUGCACAAUGGAAUUCUGAAAUACAAGGGCAGGAUAUGGGUUGGGGCUGAUGAGAGUUUGCAACACAAGAUCAUGUCUGCCCUUCAUGCUAGUGCCGUGGGAGGUCAUUCUGGUGUUCCCGUUACGCAUAGCAGAAUCAAACAACUGUUUGCUUGGCAAGGGAUGAAAACUACCAUUCAUCAAUUUGUGAAAACUUGUACUGUGUGUCAGCGUGCCAAACCAGAUCGAGCUCGGUUACCUGGCCUACUCCAACCUCUCGCGUCUGCCUCUCUCUCCGUCCCGCAUGCGCCCGCCACCGCUGCAUACGCCUGCGCCCGUUGCCGCCUGCACCUGCGCCUACGCCCGCCGCCGCCCGCAGCACCUCCCCCCCCACCAGCGACCUCCGCCGGACGCCCGCCGCCGCCCGCACAAGCCCGUGUGGCCGUGUGAGCGCCCGCCGCCGCCCGCAGCUCCUCCCCCACUGGCGACCUCCGCCGGACGCUCCUCCACCCCCAUCGGCGCCGCUGACGAGCUGCCGACGCCAAUGGGUCCGCCUACCCCCAUAGGCGAGGCGCUGACCCUUCGACUCGCGAUUAGGCACGCGGAAUCGCGCCUAGGCGAGCGCCUAGCGGAACAGGGUAGUAUGCUCAUGGAUUGGAGGUGGUUGAAAUGAUUGAGAUAAGUGACAACUUAUUGUUUCCUAUUUUUUUUCAUGAACUGCUGUCUAUUGACUAUUUCGUAUUUACAAGAUGUCAAAAUGUGAUGUAGGAGGAAGAAACAUACAAGAUUAAGCCACCAAGGUAUCAGCUAGCACUAUUGCGCGGGCUGUGUUGGAGCAAGCGAUUGGUAAUCUUGUAUCUGGAGUAUUUAUUAUCCUGAACUUUUUGGGUAAACUUAGUUUACUUCGACCGUGACUUAAAAGGAAGGUGGCAGUAAAGUAGGUUUCCUGAACUGCUUGUGCUGCAACUUCGCAGAAAGCAAGUUUUUUUUCCUCUCCACGUUUGGGCCAUGUUUGGUUGCCCCCCAAAUUUUUUUCACAAAAAGACGAAUGUAUGCAUAGACUAGUUAAAUGCCCGUGCGUUGCUACGGGUGAUAAAAGAUUUUUUUACAAUACACAAAAAAGCAAUAUAUAAAGCUACAAUUAUCGUGAUAUACAAGAAUGAAAUUUUUGCAAAUUUGAUGUGUAACCAGCUGGAGAUAGUACUAUUGAGCAUGCUCGAUUCUAAAUGUUCAUCUACAUCAAUGCAUAUACAGGAAUUCAAAUAGUUUUGUGCCAAUACCUUGCAACAGGCUAAACAAAUUCCCCAGUUAGCAUUAUUAUUAGCACUUAGGAAUUCUCUUUAUUUCCUUUUCCACCGGAACAAUAAGAUGUCACUCCAAUCCCCUUAGCGCUGUUAUGCUGCUAACAAACUGUGCUCUGCCCGACGGCCGCCUAUUUGGACUUCCUGUCGGCUGUCGAACCAGAAGGACAAAAGCUGCCGAGCUGGCACGGUGAAGCUUGGAGAGGCAACAUUAGCCUACAAUGCAUUGAACUAUUGAUAGAUGAAUUAGACCACACAUUCCUGAAGAUAUUUGGUAAAUCGCACAUUUAUGGAGAUAUUUGGUAAAUGACAACUGAUGUUUGCAUUGCCCAGAAAGAUAGGAACAAUAUAUAAUUUGAUCAUGAAACUCUAAGGGCACAAAACGCAUUAACUUCAAGAAAUAAUUGAGGAUAACAGAAAGAGGAAAAAGAAACCAAAGGUUUACCUAACAAUUUAGUUUCUGAAAGUCUUGACCAAUUGUAUCGGACAAUGUUCUCAAAUUGUUUGUUUGUUGUUUUCAAAUAUUAGUCUUACAAAAAAUAAAUAAGUCACAGAAUAUGACAGAAAAGGAGACAACGAUCCGUACUUACUAAAAUAGAAGACAGUAGUUUUCCUCCUCAUUCUGCCAUUCGGCCACAUCUCCCAAGAUAGGAAAAAUGAUUCUAGCUGAAUCUAACUGCAAUUAGCAUCAGACACAGGCAUAUAUGUAUGCAUAUACAUAGCCAAUUCAAGGAAGUACAAUCACCAUAGAACAAAUCAGCAAACAACUUUACACGCCUGCAGCACCACUGUAGAUUCACAUAGUUACCAAGAAGCAUGAAUUCACUAAUUAGCCUGCAACACUUGCAUGUAGAUGCAGAUACAACUGCUCUAAUUCAUGGCAUCGAAGGGCUAACAUCGCUUCAAGACUUGCACAAAUUCCGUGUUAAAACAGAGAAUGGCUACAUAAUAACCAAGUUAAGGGGCGUGAGGUACAUUGAAGGUUCCCUUUGUAUAUCAGAUCUUUUUAGGGUGGCCACAUCAAGCAGAGGCAACUCAUGCUAACUUAUCCAGAAAGGAGGGUAUUACUUGUUUACAUCAAAAAGGAGGCUUCUUGCGUUUGACUGGCUUCCAGCAUGGGUGACAGGACCCCUAGGUUGUUUGUUGUUGUUCUCCUGAGCGAGAUUGUGUGGAGCUGCUCUCUUUGGCCUCACCUAGAAUUCUGGACAGGAUUCACGUAUAGAUGGUUGGAUUCCGUAGUCAUGUGAUCUAUAUAGCCUUGAUCAAAUAGCUUAUCUUCUCCUUGGACUUCUGAUAGAAGUGCCUCAGCAGGAUAUUCCUGGGCUCUGUUGUUAUCACUGCAAUCCAAUGGCACGAUUUGUCCAUCAGUGAUUUCAGGAAGCAAUAAAAAUAAAACACGGAUGACUUUUAUAUAAAGCACUUGUUGAGUCUGAUCUAACAUGAGUGUAGCAUAUGUAUAGACGAAUGCACUCACAUAAUGAAAAGAAACAAGUAACCAAAUGAUAUAUUGGUUAACAAAACACCAGCGAAUUGUUCAUGGAAAGUUAUAUCAUGUUUACCUUUUGCUCUGAUAUGUUUCUCUUAGAAGUAUUUGUUGGUGGAGAUGGCACAGUGAUGCAGUCUAAAUUAUGGCACUCCAUAACUAUGCUCAGGGGUGUUCGCAACACCGAACACUGCUUUAGCCAUACAUGUACAAUUUCAGAUCAAACAAGCAUUAGAUUCAGAAAUAAAAGGAAAAGGGAGAAUGUCUUAUGGUGGUCUCUUAUUGAAACCUCUAUGUGGUCUCAUCAAAUCUGCUACACAUUCUGGGCAAGCAAGCUUCAGGAAAAAGUGGUUAUCUAAUUUUUUUUAAAUGACAAUCAAAUCUAUGUGACUACUAAGUUCAUGCAUUCCACACAGAUCCUAGUACCAGUACUUGCAAAAAAAGACUUUUGUGUGCACCUUGUCAGAAAGCAUCUCUGAUGCAGUAAAUACACCUCAGAAGUGAGAAUCAAUAUGCAUUUGAAGGUAGGAAAUAAAAAUAAAAUUUUCCAUAAUUCAGAAGAAGUGGAUAUAAGAGAUUCUCUUAGCCCCAAAAAAUAAGAUGAAAGUGGAAAUGCAAUUCUACAUAUUCUCAAAUGAUUUAGCAUUUAUUUUGCUUUGCAACUGAUCUAACACUAUCCAGUGUAGGCAAAUAUACAUUACAUUUACCAUGAAAAUACCGAGCUUGUCUAGAUAUCUAAAACUCAAAAGAAUCACGCUUAAAAAGAAUCCAGAUAAACAAAGUGACCGACCUUAUCCUUGACGAGCUCCUCUCUACUUGAAAUAUGUUUCCGGAUGCGAGCUGUAGGUUCUAAUAACUCAUUGACAAGCUCUUGCUUCUAUUCAAACAGGGAUGUAACUAUAUUAUAGAAAAAAAAACAGGGAUGCCUCAACACCAACAAAACUCCAAACCUUCUAGCAGAUCAAGUGCAAUAGAACUUUGGACCCCCUCCAAUUCCCAGAAACUCUUUCAUUCAAAUCAACCAUAGCAAGGUAAAAUCCAUUGCCAGAAAUCUUUCAUCCUUGGAAGUCCACAGUGCUACUAAACAUGUGAUACACCUUUUUACAAAUUAGUGGAGAACAGUAUCCCAUUAUAAGCAUUCUAUCGAACACCUGGUGGGUAGACUGUGACAUUGGAGACCAGGAGGAUGGUGUUACGGGAAAUCUUCACUCUAGCAACUGCAAACCAAUUCCGGCAACAAACGUGAUGUGCAUUCAGUAAUCUACAUGCUAAUGGAGAGGAUGCAAGAGGUUACAUUAGGAAUGCUCGUGCUUGAACAGAGAUGCAAGACUGGGGCAGGUUAGAGGGAAUCUCAGGCUAAUAAAAUACUCACGAGUUUUUUACCUUGCCCAUCUUGUCCUUGCGACAGUGGCCAGCGGCAGCAGUUGGGCUCACGUUACUUCGUCUCCUCUGAUGGAUCUUAAGGACAAAACAAAUGGGAAUGAUGAAACUGGUAAAGGGAGAGAAGCAAAUGGAGGGGAGGUGCACGAGAUAUGAAGGGGAGCGGAAGGAGCUUAUUCCGUUGGCAGCUGCGGCGUUGCUUUCUCACCUGAGGUUCACCCCGUUGGACGUCGGCCGGACCAAAUCGCCAUCGCCUCGGCCUUCCCCAUGGCAACACGGCCCCGUUUCAUCGAUCCCCGUCGCAAACCGUCCGCCGGAGCCUCGUUGCCGCCGGAGCAGAGCAAGCCGCGCGCCGCCCACCACGGUUCGCCGAGCCGAUUUGCCGUGGUCACCGGCCGAUGGACCAACCCGAGGCCGCCACGAGCUUCCCCUCACCGAUCUGCACCUCUUCCGCCUCCUCACAUCGCCGUUCCCCACCGGACGUCGCUACCCAUGGAGCAGACCGAGCCGCCAAAACUCCGGCCGGCCAGCCCAGAGGAAGAACAGGAGAGCGAGGGGGAGGCGAGAGCGGAGCCGGUUGGACCUCGGCCACCGGAGGCAAGCGCGGGGGAGGCAAGAGCGUCGUGAGGAGGAGGCGAGAAGGCGGCGAGCGCGAGGGGAGCGUGAAGAUGCGGCGGCGGCCAACAGCGAGGGCGUGGUGCGGCGCCGGAGGGGGGACUGUGGAGGGCGUGGUGCGGCGCUGGAGGCGGGACCGUCGAGAGGCAGGCGUGGGGCAGACGGGGAAGAGGAGAUGGGAGAAGGGGGCAGAACCGCGGUUUGGCAGAGCCACGGGGAAGGCAGAUUCACGGGAGAGUUAGACUCACUUCGUUACUAAACGAAAUUUAUUUGUAAAUUUUUUUUAUAGAUAGAUGUAAUUUUACGAGUUGAAUCUAAUGAGCCUAAUUAAUCCAUAAAUUGCAACAGUAAAUCAUCCUCUAAUCGUACAGUCAACAGCUUUAUUAGUUAUAUCAACUGCUACAGUACUAUAGUUGUGGAGAUGGUUUUGUAAUUAGACUUCAUUUAAUACUUCUAAUUAGUGGUUAAAGGGGCGAAAAAGUUCAUGGGCAACCAAACACGGCCUUGGAAUUGGAGCAGGUUUCUGUUACUCUGGCGUGUCAGAGAUCCAUUUUAUUGUUAAUCAACAUUGUCUGCUCAUAGGAUUACGAAUAACUCGAUGGAUAAGCAUAAAGAUGUCUUCUGUUGCUUGUGUUUUCAUGUUUCCGCAUAUUGUCAUUGCAUAUUAUCUGCAGUUCUGCAAACAGGCAUUGUGUUAUGGCCACCGAUUCCCCCCACAUAUGCUCAUAGUAUGUGUUGUACUUGUUGGGUAGCCUGUUUAUAUGACUGCAUUUUAUCCUAAUGUAGCAUUAUGAUAUCUGACAUGAAACUUUUCUCUAGUCUAUUAAAAAAUGUGUGGCUCUUAUUCAUAUGUUCUUGAUUUCAUUUGAAUGAACAUACAUAAACUAGGAAACAAGAUCAAUUCUCCUGUGCAUUACAUUAAGCCCAUGGCUGAUAGAAUUUUUGGUCUUUGAUAGCACAUUUUUUCCUGGUUUAAAAGGAGUUUGAAUCAUAUAGAUGAUGUGGAGUUUUCUCUGGUCAGCAAGAUGGAUAAUAAAUGAUAAAUCAAUGCAUAAGUUGUGGGUCCAAGAGGAAGGUCCAUGUUGUGGGUGCUCUGCCGUCUUCACUAUGGUCCAAUAACAGUUCCAAGGAGUCUCAGGUGGGCGUCAUGCGGAGUGAUCUCUAUGAGCGUGUCAGCAGCCAUACUUGAGCGGCUCUUCAGCCUAGAAUGUGAACCUCACAAUAUAGCAGCACAUGACAAACCUGAAUUGAACCCUGAAUAGCUUAUUCGAAGUGCAGAGCUAGUCUAUGUUUUUGUCCGUGCAUCCUGGACAGCUUAUGGGGGACAUACUUCUGCAUGAUGUAGCCUGCCAUGAAGAUCUAUGCAGCCACUUAAAUUUACCUUACUGGCUACCAUGUAUGAUAGAUUUCUCUCCGAAUUUUGAGCUAGUGCAUUUAUAAUCUGUGCAUGCCUUCGAACUAAAAUAUUAUAUUGCUAAAAUUAAGAAAGUAGAUUUGUUUUUUUUGUCCUUUUGGGUA